AUGUCAACGAAUGACUGUUCGUCUUGCUCACGGGGGAGCUGUCGUGGUGCUUCAUCAAGAGGAAUGCUUGGCACACAAAUAUGCUAUUGUGGAGAGCUUGCCGUAUUGAAAGUCGCGAAAACUGCUAAGAACCAAGGCAAGCCUUUUUGGGGCUGCCCUAAUUACAAGCGUAGUCGAAAUGAAGAAGUGCGAGGAUGUAAUUUCUUCAAAUGGGCCAGUGAAGAUAAUGUUGAUGAAAGGGAUACUACAAUUGGGUGGCAAAGGAGAAAGAUUAUGAAUUUGGAAAAAUCACUUUUGGUUUGUCAGAGAAGGGAAAAGUCUGGGGUUCUUGAGUUAUCUGACUUGCUUGAGUUGGGUCUGGUGUACGUUCUUCGUUUGAUUGUUGAGUUGGUUGAGAAGGGUGUGGGUAGUCUUGUUGUUGACUUCUCUGUGGGCACUUAG